AUUUUAUCAGCUAACAAAUUUAUCAGUGUUCAAAUAUGGCAAACGAUAAUGAUAUGCGCUCUGAACUCCAAGAGCUACAGAUGCAGGCCAAUCUGGUUACUGAUGAGUAGGAUAUACUUUGUGGAGUCUAACGGUGUUUACUAAACAUCGUUGGAAAUUGCCCUUCGCCAAGUAAAUGAGCAAUGUACAAGUUGAGAAUGGUGUGGGUCCGGCGGGUAUUGACAUGGAAGGUGUGGACCCCGAGGCAAGAGAGCUCAUGGUUCAGAUUGAAGACAACGUAAAUGAAUCUUUGGAAAGCACACGGCGAAUGUUACAGUAUUGUGAAGAGAGUCAAGAUGCGGGAAUCAAAACUAUAGUAAUGCUGGAUGCUCAAGGUGAACAACUUGAUCGUGUGGAAGAAGGGAUGGACCAGAUUAACAAAGACAUGAAAGAUGCUGAGAAAAACUUGGAAGGGAUGGAGAAAUGUUGUGGAUUGUGUGUACUUCCUUGGAAGAAGGGUAAAAAUUUUGAAAAAGGUUCAGACUAUAAUAAAACAUGGAAGGCUACUGAUGAUGGUCAAGUUAACGCUAAUGGACCAAGAGUAGUUGUAGGGGAACAGCAAGGGUUUCAAGGUGGUUUCAUCACAAGGAUAACGAAUGAUGCCCGUGAAGAUGAGAUGGAGAAUAAUAUUGUUGAAGUGGCAGGAAUGAUUGGAAAUCUGAGAAACAUGGCUAUUGAUAUGGGCAGUGAAAUUACUGCUCAAAAUAGACAGGUUGACAGGAUAAACCAAAAGGCGACGUCAAAUGAGACUCGUAUCUGUGAAGCCAACAAACGAGCCACCAAAAUACUCAAAGAUGCUUAGAACACAAGGUGGAGGAUUGAAGAUUGACUUGAAACUGCAAAUGUCCAUACUACAAACAUUCUUCAGAACAAAUGAGUUUUUUGGAAGGUGGUACAAACUUGCUCCGAAGAUAAAUAUUUUGUUGCCCCCCCCCCCCCCCCACACCCCA